AUGAGUUCUCGUACAUAUACAGAUGCCAUCAAUGCACUAAAUUCCCUACAAUCAAAUUUUGCUUCCAUUGAAGCAAUGAAAAAACUAGGUCCUAACGUAAACCGAAAUGAGUUAUCAAUCAACGAGGUUCGUGAAUACACUUCAAGAUUGGGAUACGCUCCCAGGGAUUUCAACAAGCUCAAUAUCAUCCAUGUUACUGGUACAAAAGGUAAAGGGUCCACUUGUGCCUUCACUGAAAGCAUCUUGAAACAGUAUCAGCCGGACCAUAUUUCCAAAAUUGGGUUGUAUACAUCACCACAUUUGAAGUCAGUGCGUGAGAGAAUAAGAAUCAAUGGCCAACCUAUAGAGAAGGAGUUGUUUACGAAAUACUUUUUUGAGGUGUGGGACAAACUCACAAGUACAAUGUCAGAUCCUCAAGAGUGGCCAAGUUUGCAACCUAGUGACGUGGUCAAACCCAUGUACUUCAAGUACUUGACUAUUUUAUCUUUCCAUGUCUUUUUACAAGAAGGUGUUGACACUGCGAUUUACGAAGUUGGUGUUGGUGGAACUUUUGAUUCAACAAAUAUAAUUGAAAAACCAACAGUUACUGGUAUAAGUGCUUUGGGAAUUGAUCAUACUUUUAUGUUGGGAAACACAAUUGAGAGUAUCACCGAUAACAAAACGGGGAUUUUCAAAAAGGGGUCUCCUGCUUUUGUCAGUGAGCAAAAAGAAUACCCUAAAACUCACAAACUCAUUGAAAGUAGAGCUAAAGAGUUGGGGGUAUCGUCAUUGGAGUUUGUGCAUCCUGAUGAUUUGCCUGAUGUCGAAUUGGGACUUUCUGGAGAGUUUCAAAAGGAGAAUGCUGCAUUGGCAGUAAGGUUGACAGAUUCACACUUGAAAGCAAUUGGAGUCGAUAGUGGACUUACCGUAAGUGGAGGAAAAGUGGACUCGCUUCCUGAAAAAUUCCGCAAAGGGUUGAAAGAUGUCGAUUGGCCAGGAAGAUGUCAGAUCAUCACCAAUAAUCCAUCAGACAUAACAUGGUAUGUUGAUGGUGCGCAUACUGUGGAAUCCAUAACCGCGUCUUCAAAGUGGUUCAAAGAUGAGCAAUUGAAAUCAUCAUCAUCAUCAAAGAAAAGAGUAUUAUUGUUCAACCAGCAAGGUCGUGAUAACUAUGAGGAACUAUUGACUACUUUGUACCAAACUAUUUCUGGAGAAGGUUCAAAAGUGUCCUUUGACGAGGUCAUAUUCACCCCCAAUAUCACAUGGUCCUCGGGUCAGUACAAUCCCGAAUUAUUAGCUAAAAAUACCUCUGAGGAUGCAGUCAAGAAGUUGGAAAUUCAACACAAGUUUAGUGACUUGUGGGCGAAAUUGGAUGGUGGGAAAGCAAAAAGACUGGUGUUUGCAGAUAUAGAAACAGCAGUGGAAUACAUGAAGAAUGAAGGGCAGGAUUUGAAUGUAUUUGUUUGUGGUUCGUUGCAUCUAGUCGGUGGGUUUUUGGUCGUCUUGGACAACGAAAGAGAAUAG